GUGACUGCUCCGCCCCUAAUCCCUGAUUGUAAUGUUCCUUAUAACGGACAGGCUGAAAACAACAAGUCAGACUUACUUUGAGUCAGGCAUUCAGUGUUUUCAGAAUGCAGGCCCUGGUGUUCAAGAUCACAGUUGUUUUUCUUUUGCUGUCGGUGGUGCCGGACUUCCAGGUCCAGGGACUGCCGCUGCCCACUGAGCUCGAUGGUCUGCUCCAGAGGACCAGACGCUCCCUGCUGUGGCGCUGGAACACACUCAAACCAGUAGGGGGCAGCUGUCGGGCUCACACAGAGUGUGGCACCAACUACUGCAGCAGAAACAACAUCUGUACCUUCUGGUUCAACUCUCCCUGAGCAUUUUGGUUCCACUCUCCAGAACAUUCUGGUUUCAAUCCACCAGAACAUACUGGUUUGACUUUAACAGAAUAUACUAAUUCCACUCAACCAGAACAUUGUGGUUCCACUCUAUCAGAACAUUCCUGUUCCACUCAGAACAUUCCUGAACUACAUCAAUGUUGACCACAAUGAGACACAUAAUAAUUUGAAACCAAUUCAGUGUAAUUCAUAAGCACUAAAAUAUGGAGGAUACAGAUUUAUCUUACAAUGUCUCAUAACCUUGCUUGACUCAGAGACAUUUCAAUUGAUUUUCUGACUCUGCUGACCCCUGAGUAAAUAUAUAACUCAUCAAUCUUAUGAUAAGUUUUAUGAUUUGGCAUUAAGCAAAACAAAGCUGUAAAUAUGAAGUUAUGGAGAGGUUCACAUGCUGGUCAUGACCUCUGAAAACCAUUUCAAUAGUUGUAACAGCAGCAAUGUUAAAAAUCUUUAAAUGUGUUGUAUUGUUUCCUAACAAAGAACAAUUAUGAAGGAAAAUAUUGGAAGCUGAAGGAAAUACAAAUGUUCAUCAUG